AUGGAGCCGGGUCUCGCGCCUGCGCAUUCGCCUGGGGCGCCGCCGCUGCUGCUGCUGCUGCUGCUGCUGCUGCUGUGCCCGGCCUCACGUACAGCUCGGGCGGCCGCUUCCCUGGCCGCGCUCCGAAGGGGCCGCCUCCCAGGGCCGGCGGUGGGCGGGAUCCCGGCCCGCAUAAGCAUUCCGAAAGGGGCCUUGCUGCGUGCAGUCCCGGACCGGGCGGAGAGGCGGACAGGGCUCAGCAGCGGCAGCAGGAGCAGCAGCUUGGGCGGCUUUCCUCCGAGGUGCGUGCAGGGGCUUUUCUUCCCAUUUCCCACCCACUUCCCCCAACUCCUGGCCGCGUGCAUGGAAGGAUCUUUUCCCAUUCCUUUUCCCACGGGAAGGGAAAUAGCUGGCAUGCCUGGCUUUGCAGCAGCAGCAGCCGCAGCAACCGCAGCAGCUAACUUCCCCAUAAAGUAUGUCGUACUUUUUAUUUUAUUUUAGGCAUCGAUUUUUAUUUUUUUUAAAAGCACACAAUCCCCAUAAGUGUGCUUUUAACAAACAGCCCUCCUUUGUGGCUGCUUUGCUGGGCUCCCCUCUUUGCUUCCCCCACCACACCACCAAAGGCAUGUUGCCGGGAUAAGUCCCCUUUCGCCCUCUUGCUGGGGAAUCUGCCCGGCUCCCUUUCCACCAGGCACUUUCUCUUCCCUUUCUUUUACGCUGCUGAAGAGUGCGAUGGACUUGGCAUAGCGCUCUCUGCCCCCUCCCCUCAAAAUAAAAUUGAAUUUUUUCUUUUUUAAAAAAAGUUCCUGGAAAUAUUUGCCUAGUAGCAACUCGCCCAGGGCAGCCCAGUCUUGUCAAAAUUCUUGCACAGAUCCGCCCACGUCUGUGCCCCAAGGGUUUGGGGCUGACGUGGAUGUGGGUCUUUCCCCCCCUCUCCCUCUUCACCCUUAAGAUUGCUCUUAAGUCUCUUCAGCCACUGAGCUUCAGAGGCUGUUCAUUUUGCCCUACAAUGAGUGGCAUGAGUUUCUUUAAUCAGUAGCAUAUCCUGAGAGUAGUAUAUGAGAGAAACCUGAUUCCUUCCUUCCUUCCUUCUAGAAUCUCCAUCUCUGGCUGUUACUCAUUGAGCGGAUGAUAUUCAUCCAAGUUUGCAUGCGGUGCUUCUUCUUCUGAUAUCAGUAUUCAUGCAAGGCCUAACAGUUGAAACUUUAAAAAAAACAAAAUACAUGACUUAACCAGAGAAUAAGUUUUAUUUAGCCAAACAUGCCUUAGUUUCCAGUUAUUUCUUAAGCAUGUUAUACAACUUGUCCAGCAGGAUUGGUUUGUGCGGAAAUUCCUCAGCAAGCAAUGGUUACCUCUCUCCCUUCCCCUUUGUAAAUUGAUCCCUUUGCAAAUAAUAGGGUACAAAACUGCAAGAAGGGACUGAAGAGCCAAUAAGAAAGAGGGCUGUUUACACAGAAAGUUGACUGUUUCGAUAAGGCUCUGGUACUUUCUGUUAGACUUCACUUGGGAAGAUUUUUGAGAUGAACGAGUGUCUGUUACGUGAGUGGGGGAGGGUGAAAUACGUGGCAGUAGCAUUUUUUUCAUCAACCUUUUGCUCGCUUCACAAACUUUUGGAGAGAAGCUAUUUACGCUGACUGGUUGCUCAUGCUUGCUAAGUAUGAAUAGAAUGCAUUUCUAAGCAGCUCACACAGACAUGAAAAAAUCUGUGUAGGGGAUAUGCAGAGUCGGGGUUUUUUUCGCUAAUUUUAUCAGGGACUGCGCUACUUGAUCAGCAUUCAAAUGUUUUUGAGUGUCUGAGGAGUAUUGCAUCACACUUGGGUCAUUCAAAAGUUUGUCGAAGUUACUCGAAGUGUAAAUAUGAGACUUCAGCAGUGAAGUAAAAGUGGGUUUCCUGAAACUCGUGUGGCAUAAGAGGCUUUAUGGACAAGAGAUCCCGCAUCGACGUACACAAUAUUCUCUUAGCAGCCAAGCUGAUUUAAAUUGCUAGAGGCAAGCUGUAUAACUUUUUUUCCUUGCAUAAAAUAAUCUAAAAAGACCACCUAGCAAAGGCUGUGCUACGCUCAUGCCACCCAAUCACUUCCAUACUGGAACGGGGUGCAACUCUUGAAACAGUUUUAAAAUACAAAGGUAGGUAGUUAGGUGAAGAAGACACUCCGUGUCUUCUCUAGUUGAACUGUCCUGGGAGAAGUUUCAUGAGAAUGAAGGAAGCAUGUGAAGAAAACAUCAGUGACUGCUUCAUCUGAACUCUCUCCUACUCUCCCACAGGCCCUAUACUGGAAGGGUCCUAAUCGCUUGCUGCAUUUUGGUAUUAACUUAUUGCAGGUGUGGAGAACCUUGGGCCCUCCAGAUGUUACUGAGCUACAGCUCCCAUUAGCCCCAGCAAACUUGGCCAAUGGCCAGGGGGGUUACGGGAGUUUUAGUUGUUCCCCCGUACCUGAUUUAUUGUGAUUACAUUAAUGUAUUUUGAUUUCCCUUGUAAGAGUUUUGAAAGGAUUUGUACGCUUAAAGUAAACAAGCAAUGUUGCAAUUUCUGUUUACAACAGGGGCUUAAUCUCUUUGGGAGGCCCAGAAAAUAAAAAUAAAAACCCUAUGUAACCCACGUGUGCUGUUUUACAACUACUAUGUGUUUUAUCCAGCUAAGUUUGAUUCACAGUGGAUCAUUGAAAUUAAAGGACCGAGGUUCGUCACGUUUAGUAACUUCAGUGGGUCUACUACUCUGAGUAGGACUAGCAUUGGCCACAAACCCUGUAUGUUCAGUUUAGAAAAGUUCAAAGUGUGAAGCAGGAUGUGAUAGGUCUGCUACAGACUGUGCUAAAGCAAACACUAAUGAUGCUCCAAGAAUUUUAUUUUAUUCUCUGCUAAUGAAUGGGAGGCAUGUCCAGCUUCUAAUUGUCCAGUAGCAAUGAUGUAAAUGAUUGGGAACAUUCCAUGUGCUUCAUUGUCCAGCUGUUUAAUACUGUAUGCCUGUGCUGUUCUUAAAAACGUGAGUAUCCGUUGUAUAAGUGUGAUGCGGAUUCAGAUGGGAUUUACGGUAUGUCUGAGACCAAACAAUAUAACAGACAUUUUGACUGAUAGCCCAUUGCUAUGAAUGCACAAAUGUUUCUCCCUGUUUUUUUAAAGGGAAGCUUCCAGUGCCCUGACAUUCCUGAAAUUAUUUCAUCUCUAAGAGCUGGAUAGUUAACGGUAGCGUCAGCUUCCAACUUCAACAUAACUGAGGCCUUCUUCUAAAUAUAAAAUACUACUGGGAAGUUGUAUUACCCUGAAACUCUGCUGCCUGACAAAUUAUCAGCCUACUUAUUGCCUGUCACAAAUACACUAAUGUAUUUGUGGGUUUUAUUCUUACUUCUGAGGUGAAUUUUCGCAAUGGGUUAUGUGGCUGAGAUUCGCAUGAAUCCCAGUUUUGUGAAAUUACUCUCCACAAGCCUUGGUAAUACAUUAGAAAACUAUUUUCUGUUUGUUUACUGGCAUGGCAGUAAUGCCACCUUACCUUGAAAGGCCACAUUAUCUGUCCAUGUGAUUUUCAAACCACUUGGGGAUUAUAAACUCACAGACUUGAGUAAAACAUGUACUCUGGGGCUGAGGCGGGCUUCCCAGUUGGUUGUCAGCUACCCUUCUGUGCCUCUGUGGAUGGAAGAAAAUUGACCUCUUAGCUUUGUCUUGAUGCACAAGCUCAGAAGGGGUAUAUUAAGGCAGGGAUAGAGUAGGCAGUAGAGAGCUAAGUGCCUGAACCAAACAAGGGCUCACUAAUAUUAACCAGGCAAGGAUGUGGAUGAGCAACACUCACUCAUAAAGAGGUUCGGGUAGAGAGGAUAAAGGUAAACCAGGGGACAUUGACAAAAGCAGUUGGAUGGGAAUAUGGAUGUGGUUGACAGGAAUCUAUCUGGCCCUAAAGUUCCAGACAGAUAUGUAUUCUAAUUAAGAGACUUUCUCAUUGUAUCUUUCAUAUUAGUUGGUAGAACUCAACAUCUCCUUCCCUCCAGACACUGACAUGUUGUUUUUAUUCUGUCGGUACCUAAAAGAAAAUUUUCAGGAAUGGCUUUGCAUGUGUGGGAAAGCAUAUCAGCACCCUUCUGGUCUUGAAUUGCACAUUUAACACAAUGCAGUUGUACCAUUUAUUGUAAUGCAAUUGUUGCACUGGAGGUCAUCUUGUCCCAACGCCCUGACAAAUAGACAUUGUGUUGCGGCAACAGAAUGACCUCUCCUCUCUGCCUGCUGUGCACUGUUCUGGGGGUUCUGCUUAUGCCACAGAGCCAAUUUCGGGGGGGGGCAUGGGAGCACAUUGGGGAAGGAGAGGGGAUAAGCUGGCUCCUGCUAGUGGAACUACUUAGUUGAACCCAGCCACCAGGGUCCUUGUCUGGUUAUUUCACAACAUUUAUUUACCACCGGUUUGUAAUAAAGCAUCAACACUACAGAACUUGACUUUAAAAAGGACAGAGGCAGUACGUUGCUUUUACCUUUAGCACUCCUAAGAUUAAACUCCAGGAUGCUUUGGAAACAACCUCCAUGCUCUCUUCUUGAUUUACAGAAGUAGUGCAAGCACAGCCGGUACAAUCAGUAGCUCUGGGAAAGAGCUGGUACUCAAGUCCUGCAGGGGAGAUGAUGCUCAUUUAUGCUUGAAAUGUUACAAGCCCAGUUUGCUUGGUGACAAUCCAGAGGUGCUAUUUGCACAUCUGCCAAGAGGCUUGGCUGCCCAGGUGGUUUCUUGUGUGCAUGGUUCUGUUAGAAGCAUGUAAAUGGCUCCUUUGGUUUGUUCUCAAGAGCCUCGUAAUUGUUCAAGCUAUGCCGUAUUUUUAAAAGUGCUGUUUUAUUUCUCUUUCAGGCGUUUGUUAAGGCAAGAGCAGAGCAGUAGAAAAAUGAUGCCCACAAAAUCAUGUUGCCUUCUAGUCCUCUGUGUUGUGCUUCCCUCUUCAUAUGCCCAUACAGAUUUCUUCACUUCCAUUGGUGAGAAUACUUUUGAGCAGAACUGUCAAGCAUUUUUUAAACAGUUCAGCAAUAAUGAUGCACAAGUGGUUCGUUCAGUUGCGUUGUUCAUUUAUAACAUUUAUGAGUUGCCCUUCCUAGUGAAGACAAUGGAGCUAUAAUGUGGCCAACAAUAAAGUCUAAAAAUUUAAUAAAAAUCAGAAAAAUGCCCACAGAUAACUUUGAAAUGUGGCAGCAAAAAGUACCCAGGUAUCAGUAAAUAGGUACAGUGGUACCUCGGGUUAAGACCUUAAUUCGUUCUGGAGGUCUGUUCUUAACCUGAAACUGUUCUUAACCUGAAGCACCACUUUAGCUAAUGGGACCUCCCACUGCCGCUGCGCCACCAGAGCACGAUUUCUGUUCUCAUCCUGAAGCAAAGUUCUUAACCCGAGGUACUAUUUCUGGGUUAGCGGAGUCUGUAACCUGAAGCAUAUGUAACCCGAGGUACCACUGUAUUCAAAAGCACUGAAACAGUGCUGUGCUUAGCAAAAGAAGAAGUUAGUAGUACUGAACAUUUCGGAGAAUAAUAUUUGUAUUUUAUUUAUGAAACUAUUUAUUAAUAAUACAUACUCAUGUAUUCAGAUCUGCUGGUCAUGCACUCAAAUUGGUUAAACGUAUAAUAUUUAAUUUUAUUUGAGACCUUAGAAUUCUUAGAAUCAUAGAGUUGGAAGAGACCACAAGGGCCAUCGAGUCCAACCCCCUGCCAAGCAGGAAACACCAUCAGAGCACUCCUGACAUAUGGUUGUCAAGCCUCUGCUUAAAGACCUCCAAAGAAGGAGACUCCACCACACUCCUUGGCAGCAAAUUCCACUGUCGAACAGCUCUUACUGUCAGGAAGUUCUUCCUAAUGUUUAGGUGGAAUCUUCUUUCUUGUAGUUUGGAUCCAUUGCUCCGUGUCCGCUUCUCUGGAGCAGCAGAAAACAACCUUUCUCCCUCCUCUAUGUGACAUCCUUUUAUAUAUUUGAACAUGGCUAUCAUAUCACCCUUAACCUCCUCUUCUCCAGGCUAAACAUGCCCAGCUCCAUUAGCCGUUCCUCGUAAGGCGUCGUUUCCAGGCCUUUGACCAUUUUGGUUGCCCUCCUCUGGACACGUUCCAGUUUGUCAGUGUCCUUCUUGAACUGUGGUUUAUCUCACCUAACUUAACCUUGCCAAUAUAUUGGGGAAACCCUUUUGCCUGCCACGUGUGGCAAUUGUUACAAGUUUACUUGGGUCACGAUUCUAGCCUGAAGAGAGGAAGAAUUCAUAAGAAUAAUAUUUAUUUGUUUAUUUAUUUAUACCCCGCCCAUCCGGCUGGGUUUCCCCAGCCACUUGGGCGAGCCGCAACAGCAAAUGGCCAACUAUACGGUUGCUCUUAGAAAUUAGUAGUCCUAUUGACUUAGAAUAGCAAUUCUACUGACUUUUCAAAAAGUAAAGUGGCCCCAGGGAAAGGUAAUUUGCACUGUUUAUAUAAUAUAAUUGAAAGGAAGAUUUUUUUGCAUAAUAGCUAAUAAAUGGAAUGUGACAAAUAUUUGACGCUUGAAAACAUAAUUCCAAACCCAACCCUUCUCAGUUUCCUAAGCCUAUGUGAAACUAGUAAAUGGCAAGGAUAUUUCAGUUGGAUGUUUGCUUUAUGGUGUUAUAUUCAUGAUUUGUUGUUUUAUCAGUUGGGGGGACAACUUGGGUUUCAAAGUGGGGAGGUGACUUGCUUUUCCAAAAGAGUGGGAAAGGUUAUUAGUCUUCUUACCAUCUCAGUAUCCACUUCUGAAUUCCCUUUUCCUUGGCUAUUCAUAUCAAUAUUGUGUGCUACAGAAAGCAAUUUGGGGAGGAAGGGAAUCCUUGAUAGCAUAAACUUACCAGUAAUUCUUAAUGUGUUGUAAAACUGCCAUUGAGAAAUUCUCUAAUGUGGAAAAAUCACAAUCCACAGGGAGAGAGUAUAGAGUGAUUUUGCAAUAUUUGCAAGACAUUAGUUCAGAGAAACAGACUGCUGCCUCUCAGCUUACAUUCUACUUGAGACAUAUUGGUUAACUUACUGUCAAUAUAUUCUGAUUACAUGGCAAAACUAAUUAAGAAUAGCAGGGAGAAAUAUUUCCCUUGCACCUUUUUUGUAAGAAUUAGAAAGUAUAAAGUAAUUGCAAACUCCUUGUGCAUUUGGGUUUGUUGGUUGUUGUUGUUUUUUAAAGCAUAUUGUUAAGAUUUUGUAAUUGAUCAUAGACAUAAUGAGGGAAUUAAACUAUCUUUUUAGGUCACAUGACAGACUUAAUUAAUACGGAGAAAGACCUGGUGACUUCGCUAAAAGACUAUAUCAAGGCAGAAGAGAGCAAGCUGGAACAGAUUAAGAAGUAUGUACAGGCUUUAAUACUAAUAUUUAGUGGGUGACAAAAAAUUUGCCCCAGGCCAAAUAAUAUAUGGCUUUUUGUGGGCAGAGGAAUAUUUGCUAUUUCUGCAAAAUGUUGGCUGUAAGCCAUCCAGAGUUUAAAUAUGGGCUGUGGAUAAUAAAAAGAACUUUACUUCCUUUACUUCAAACCUUUGGGGAAAGUACAGAAAUGUAUGUAUACAUGCAUGUAUGUAUGUAUGUAUGUAUGUAUGAAUAAAUAAAUAAAUGUACCAUAUUUUUUGCUCUAUAAGACUCACUUUUUCCCUCCUGAAAAGUAAGGGGAAAUGUGUGUGCGUCUUAUGGAGCGAAUGCAGGCUGCGCGGCUAUCACAGAAGCCAGAACAGCAAGAGGAAUUGUUGCUUUCACUGCACAGUGAUCCCUCUUGCUGUUCUGGCUUCUGAGAUUCAGAAUAUUUUUUUUCUUGUUUUCCUCCUCCAAAAACUAGGUACGUCUUGUGGUCUGGUAUGUCUUAUAGAGCGAAAAAUACAGUACAUUAUUUAUUCAGUUCAUUAGUCACUUGAUACACUGGGAAUCUCCAAGUGACUUGCAACAUUUAGAAUGUAGAGAAGAAACUAUUAAAAACUAGUCGCAUUAUGAGCUAGCUUUGAAAAUCUGUGCUUUUUAUUUAUCUUUAGACCGUGCAAUUUAUUUAUCUUUUAGAUCAUGAAACAAUACAAGGUAUCCGAUGUCAAUUCACAGCAUUAACGUUGGCACACGGAAAGUGACUUAGUAAACAUAUUUAGGUUGCAUUUUGUCUCUCUAGAUGGGCAGAGAAACUGGAUAAGCUGACAGACACUGCAACGAAAGACCCAGAGGGGUUCUUGGGGCAUCCUGUGAAUGCAUUCAAAUUGAUGAAGCGACUUAACACAGAGUGGAGUGAGCUGGAGAACCUAGUCCUGAAGGAUAUGUCUGAUGGUAGGCUUUUAAAAAGCCGUUGUAAAGGCUCGCUUGCAUGCUGAGAGCUGUGUGGGUAGUGGAUAAUUCAGUGAGCGGUGGGCCAGAAAAUCCCUGGUUUCCGUUCUCUUUAGCCACUUUAGUCUCCUAAAAGGUCAAUAACUUCAUACUGAGGAGACCUGAAAUCUCAGUGAGAUUUGGGAUUUUGUAUCAGCAGUAACUCAUCUUAGUGUUGUGAUACCUGCUAGAAGCCAGACGUCUUUGUGAUGAAUAGGAAUAGAGUUUCAACUCUGUGCUGUGUGUUUUUAUGACAAGAGAGAGAGGAGGGGAAAACCAAAAAUUCAGGUGUAAUUCACUUCUGCACCACCUUGUUUGUUACCCAGGUGAGGGGGCCACCUUUUAAAUAAACCACGGAACCAAAGACACUAAUUCAAGUCCAGUAUCCAGGAGAGACCCAGUAUUUAUUAAAACUAUUGCCUUGCUAGCCAGCUGUUCAGCUGCUAGUUGGAAGGACUGCCCCAUGGUAUAUCAGAGCAAAGCUUAUAUAGGCUACUAACACACAGCACACAGAGUCAUCAAAGCAUCCUUAAACAUCCUCCUACAUACAUCAAGAAAGGUUACAGGUCAUGGUAUGUAAAAUACACAUGGCUUCAUAUUGGUGUCUUUGACCCUGCGAUCACCUUGGAGUGGCCCAAAUAUGCCCAGGCCAUUUGCUCUCAAAUGUCGCACUUCUAUCACCGUUGCCCUAGCAACCAGGCCUUCAACAGGCUGUGUGUGUGUACACACACACACUCUCUCUCUCUCACUCACACAUAUGAAGGUUUACUUGAUUUUUUUGCUGUAUUCAGAGAUGUGGAGAGACAGCUGAUGGGUAACAUUAUCAGUUAUUGAGGGAUGUUAUCUAGAGAUUAAUUGAGAACAUAAGCAGCAAUGGGUUCAUCUUGGACAUAUCUUAUAAGGGGAGUGGGAAGCUGGUUUUGGAAAAUCGUAUUAAAUUGAAUUAAUUUGGCAAGAUUUGUAAUAAUUUGGAAAAUCAGUGAAAAUAAUUGGCGUAAAAAAUAAUAAUCAAGGAGAUGCCGGGUUUCACCCUGGUGCUUCACCUCAUGCCUUAUUCUCCCUGCUCCUUCCUUCACACAUACACACACCCUAAUUUCAAGCAUCCUUCACCACACGCCCAAUUCUUCCUGCUCCUUCACACACAUCCUGAUUGCAUGCAUCCUUCACCACAUGCUCUAUUUCCCUGCUCCUUCCUUCAAACACACCCACCCACCCCCUGAUUUCAAGCAUCCCUCGCCGCACUUGAGAAUUCUAUGAUUCUAAGAGCUUCUUUCUUUAGGGUUCAUUUCUAACAUGACUAUUCAACGCCAGUAUUUCCCAAAUGAUGAAGAUCAGACAGGUGCUGCCAAAGCUCUCUUACGGCUCCAGGAUACGUAUAAUUUGGAUACAGACACUAUAUCGAAGGGAAAUCUCCCAGGUAAAAUUUUGGUAAUUUUUGUAAGUAUUUGGGGAAAACCUUUUAAGAAAACUACUUUGCAGAAACCAAUUGAGGGUGUGGGUGAUUAGGGAGGGAGAGUUUGUUUCACAUACCAUAUUAAACCAUGGUUUGUUGCUGAAAGACUGACCCUUACGCCCACCUGUACCACUAUUUUCCUUCCUCUUCCCCUCCCUUUGCUUGCAUGUUGUUUUUUUUUAAUUACUGGCUUACUCUUUCGCUCAAACCAUAGCUAUGAUUUGUGUUCAACUUCCGAAUCACUGCAGAGGGCAGGCAGUUAAAGUCUAUAUUACUCCCAUGCCAGGAUCCCAAUGCCAGGUCCCCUGCAAUUUGUGUUGUCAAAAAAGGGUCCAUUAAAAUUGUUUAGGCAAUGCAUAUUGCAGGUUCUGGAUUGUGAAACAGUAGGGGACAAAACGUUACAGCCCUUCUUUAACCCCCUUUUAGGGUCCGAAUCCAGAUUUGGCCCUUAGUGCCUGUUUUUUGCAUUGGACCGUGGCAAACACUCCUAUUGGAGCAAUUGGGAUUAGUUUCCCACAGUACAAAUAGCAAUAGUGUGUUGUUGUUGACUGAAAGUGUGAGGUGCCCCACCUGUGUUUGGUUCUAUUACCCCUGGGGGAAUGUGGCCCUCUCAGGGCAGGCGGAGGCAGAUUCCACACCCUAGGACUUAGGAAACACAACAGUUUAGUAGGGCACACUCUUUGGACUGAUUGUCUUGGUGGUCUUUAGGAUCCCUAUCUAAAAACCACUGUCAUUAUAACAUUAAAUGGUAAAUGCACUAAUUUACAGUAAAUUGCAGCCUAUACAAAAAUUAAGUAGCUAUAGUUAGCACAAAUUUUGUGCAACUUUUGUUUUUUCCGUCAUAGGCUUUGUAAGGUGUCAUUAAUCACAUAAUAAAAAUAGAAAAAUGCAGCUUCAGAAGAAGAAGAAAAUCAGUGCAAAUGAUUCAGUAAUGCAACCUUGAUUCAACAUUAUUGGCUUCUUGUUUCCUACAGGAGUGAAACAUAAGACAUUUCUAACAGCUGAGGAUUGCUUUGAGCUGGGCAAGAUUGCAUACACGGAAGCAGACUACUACCACACUGAACUGUGGAUGGAGCAAGCUCUAAAACAGCUGGAUGAUGGAGAGGUUUCUCCUUCCAUUGGCAAGGUUUCUGUCCUAGACUACUUGAGUUAUGCUGUGUACCAGCAGGGGGAUCUGGAGAAAGCCGUGAUGCUUACCAAGCGUCUUCUUGAGUUGGGUAUGUUAAAGAACUUGUAUAUUUCCUUUGGGUUGCAAUAACUAAUUUUGUGCACUAAUUUUCCUGUGCACCAAAGAUCUGUUUGCUGAUUAGUGCAAUUUCUGCUUCCUAUCUCCGCCCCCCCCCUUUUCUCCUGGAUGGUUUGGAAAUCUUCCUGAGCAGUGUGGGAUGGGAGGGGGCUUCUGAAGGAGAGAGGAAUUGCUACCAAAACAGGUUUUGUCCCUGCAAUUUGUUAACUUAAGGAAGUCCCUAGAAGGACUUCCCAUUCCCUCUCGUCUCUCCAGCGAAGUUUUGAAGAGGUACAAAUGGCCACAGGUGGGGAGUGGGAAACUUGCCUUCCUUUUUUAAAAAAGUUAAUUUAUCUCGGGGUUAAAGGCAUUGUUGUGAACUUCUUAAAUAGGAAGGUAAAGGUAAAGGGACCCCUGACCAUUAGGUCCAGUCGUGACCGACUCUGGGGUUGCUGCGCUCAUCUCGCUUUACUGGCCAAGGGAGCUGGCAUACAGCUUCCAGGUCAUGUGGCCAGCAUGACUAAGCAGCUUCUGGUGAACCAGAGUAGCGCACGGAAACACCGUUUACCUUCCCGCCGGGGCGGUACCUAUUUAUCUACUUGCACUUUGACGUGCUUUCGAACUGCUAGGUUGGCAGGAGCAGGGACUGAGCAACAGGAGCUCACCCCAUUGUGGGGAUUCGAACCGCCGACCUUCUGAUCGGCAAGUCCUAGGCUCUGUGGUUUAACCCACAGUGCCACCCGCGUCCCCUCUUAAAUAGUAGUUGUCUUCAAAACAAUAGCUUUUCCUAGUACCAACAGCAGUGGUGUUCUGUAUUGGGCAACCGGGAGCAAGAUAAUCCGGCUCUGCUUCCAUUAGCUGAUAGCUUUUGUGCAUUCAAAACAAGUCUGAACAUAAAUCAGAUCAAUUCUGAAUAGGUGAGGGUUGCAUACGUCUGUAUGCUCCUGAUGGCAUAAACGGGAAUGCAGCAGGGCUUAGAAACCUCCCUGCAGCUUGCUGCUCCUGUUUGCUCUCCCCAUUUUUUCCAGACAUACUGAGACUGCAAUAGACCCAUUUCAGAUUGUCAUUGCGAUUCUGGAAGGGACUAAUGUAUUCUCAUUGGAAUCUGAUUCAGAUGUGGGGAGCCUUCCAAAAGCCAAUCCCCCCAUGUCAGUUCCUGCUCAAGCACAAGUUUUAGAUUCCACAUCUUCUAUUCUAAUUUAUAUUACUACUAUUGGUUUAUAUGCACAAAGACUUAUUUACCCAGGCGUUUAGCCAUUAAUUAAUCUAUGGCUUGCUAAAGCUGGGGUGGGGGGGUCUGUUAUUAUGAUUAUUUUAUUAUGUUGUCUGAUACUAUGAUUUUUAUUACAUUUUUAUUAUUAAUGCUCUGUAAUGUGUUCUUAAUGUUGUACACUGUCCUGAGAUCUUUUGAUAAAAGGUGGUAUAUAAACUGAAAUAAUAAUAAUAAUAAUAUAAUAAUAAUAAUAAUAAUAAUACUUUAUUCUUUGCUUGGGAUUGUAAAAAGACAAAGUGACACAUCUCUUAACGUUCAUUCUGAUAGUAGCAACUCCUGUUUUUCUAGCAUCUUUUCCUAAAACACCCGGAUUGCCACGUUGGCCUGCAAUACAUUCUUGUUAUGCUAUCAUAAAAUACUUGUUGGAAAUGGUGCAUUAAUUCAUGCAAGACUUUGUAAAUGUAUAUCUGCUAUUGCACCGUGCUUUGAGUAGGAUCAGGUCUUUACUGCUGCUUGGUGCAUAAUGACCUUCUGUUCAACGUGUUAGUGGUGGUUUUUUUGUUUUGUUUUUGUCAAUUGUAAUAGUGUGUAAGUGUCUAAAGUUUCACUUUUUUGUUACAGAGUUAAACUACCAGAGGGGUCUUAAACAAUAUGAUAGUACACCAAGUGUUUUCUAUUGAGAUUUUCACCUCAAUCUUCGUGUCUGCUUAGGUCCUUUUUGUUGUUGUAAACUUUCAGAGGUAGCAUAUGUGGUGACGUCCAAUCACUGUUGGACUCCCAUUACCCCUGGGCAUUGGCUAUUCUUGUAUCCAACAACAAAUAGAGAAAUGCACAUCAACUACAUUUCUAGCCUUGUCUGUGCUAGUGUAGUGUUACAGUUUCACAAAAAGUGUAUCUGCUGGAAGAGUGUUUCUUGCAAACAUCUAGAGCUCAACAAACAUUUUUCCUAGUAGUUUAAAAUUUCUACGAGCAUAGCUGUAAUACAGCCCUAGUUUACAAGGAUUGGAGCGAUUUAAAGAAGCAUUCAUUCAUUCUGAGUUGUUUCAUGGAAAGAUUCACAACUACUGUGAAAAUACCACUCUGUCAUUUGUUUCUUUGACUUAGGAACUUCUCCCUUUAAUGGGAAUAUGCAACUAAAACAGCUGGCAGAAUAUGAGUGAGUUAGAUGUUGGCAAUAUUCAGAUUUAAGCGUAUGCUUAAAAAGAAAAUGAAAGUUAACCAUGAAAAGCAAGUUUGUUGAACGGUUAGCCUUUCACAAAGGGGCUCAUUUCUUUUCCAAUAGAUUCAGAACACCAGAGAGCUAAUGGCAAUAUGAAAUACUUUGAGUACAUCAUGGAAAAAGAAAAAGAAAAAGAAGCAAACAAGUCUAUUGCCCAAACCGAUGGACAGACUGACAAGGAAAACAAAACUCAGAAAAGGGGACCUGCCAAAGAUUAUCUUCCAGAGAGACAGAAGUAUGAAAUGCUGUGCCGUGGGGAGGGUCUCAAAAUGGUAAUUAACAUCUUUUAUGUACAGUUUAUAAAAAUGGCUUUAAAAUAGAUGGUGAAAAUCUGCUGGUACAGCUAGACAGCUAUAUCGUUUCAGAUAUUUAUGCAUUUGUUUACAAACCUUUAAAAAACAUUUUGCUUCUUGCAGACCCCCAGAAGACAAAAGAAGCUUUUUUGCCGCUAUUACGAUGGGAAUGGGAAUCCCAGGUACAUACUGGGCCCUGUUAAACAAGAGGAUGAAUGGGACCGCCCUCGGAUUGUUCGCUUUGUUGAAAUAAUCUCUGACGAAGAAAUAGAAACGGUCAAAGAGCUUGCAAAACCGAGGGUAAAUAAAGAAUCUCCAUCUGUCCAUGAUAACUUAAACGAUGCUACAAAUGCAUGAGCUCUUCCGGCCAGCCUUGUUUUCAUGAUGGCACGCUUUGCUUUGGAUAAGUCUGUAAUAAAAUAUUCCCUCUGUAUGGCAUUAGGAACUGACACUUUAGAAUAACUCUGCGUUAGAGCACAUGCUGCAGCAUAAGGAAUUCCCUGUUCAAUCCCUGGCAUUUUAAGGUUUUUAAAAAGGAUUGUUGUUUUUAAAAGGUGAGCCACUGGCUAUCAAAGUUGGCUUAGGUUCACAAACAGUCUGACCUAACUUCCUCUGCAGGUCUCAGCAAUUAAGCUGGGGAGGACUUUUUGUGGCUGGCUGUGAAAGACAAUCCUGAAAAACUAUAGUGCGGGACUUGACAAUCUUUGCAGCAUGCAUGAACUGCCUCUGGAUAGAAAUAACUCCUUUGGAUUAAUAUACUACUACCACUACUCUUUUAAUUGUUUUAAUUCUGUCCUCAAAGUCCAUUAGAAGUAUUGAUUCAGCUGCAGUUGUAAGUGACAAUACCUACGAUGAUAGAUCACCAACUUUCUUGUUACUCUGCAAUUAUGAAGUUACAACAGUGUGUGUAAGCUGAAUGGAGUUUUACUUUGCCCAGGUUUGCACAUGGCCAUUUUGCACAUAGUCUGGACUCCCAAAUAAACUUAAGGGAAGACAAGAGUUUUAAGUGUAGGAUUGAGUGCAGGGCAUAAUUUCUCAACCGGCCACCCAGUGCAGAUUUUCAUUCUUUUAAAAACGGCCCCAACAAUGGCCUUUCCUUGGAAAAAUAAAAAACUUAUGACUGAUCCAUUUUAGACCUAUAUGUAAAAUCUUGUUUAUACUUUGUAUGUGGACACGAUUAAUUAUUUGGUUUGGUUUUUAGGAAAAGAUGACUUAUUCCCCCAGGUCAAAUAGUUUGGCAAAAGAUUUUCUCAGCCAUGGCACAAACCUCCCCCCACAAGCCUAGUCACCAGGGCGUGUCUGUCCCCUUAGUCAAAAGAUUGAUUUCAGGCACCCCAUCUGAGAAAUGAGAAGUUGCGCCAAAGAGCUAGCUAUUAGAUGCAAGUGCCUUCAGGGGUGACCUCUCAUCUUCUAAAGAAGGAGAUGCCUGCUGUGUUGAAAGAGCAUGUGCGUCUCUCAUGCUCUGUUUUUGCCUCGUCAGCACCAGUCCAUCAACAAUUUGUGAAUAGGUGCUGCCUUGGCUGGUAGAAGCAUGUGAGUUGCAAGCUUUUUUUUAACCUAACUCGCACCAUCUCUUUGGGAAAGGAGAGGUUGUUCCUUGUUGCCUUGAUCAGAGGAGUGCUUAAGAGGUAAGUGGCACAUGCCAGCACUCUGUAACUCUUCCCCACUUCAGAUUAGGAGUACCAGUACCCAUUAGGAGUACCAGGAGCCUGCCUGGUAAGAAGCGUGGUCACAUCUUGCAUUUCAAAGCUGUACCAGCCCCUGGGAAACAGUCUAGAGUGAAGCCAGAUGUGAGUUGUUUGUAGACCAGCUUGGUUCAGUAUACCUGAUCCAACAAAAAACUUCAUAAAGAUGCAUAGCCUAUAGCGCACAUAGGUUGCUUGACUACAACUCCCAUCACCCAUGAUCAUUGGCCAUGCUGGCUGCGGCUGAUGAGACUUGGGAGUCCAGCAACAUCUGGAGGACCACAGGUUCCCCAUCCCUGUAGGUAUGCCAAAUACCUACAGUAAACUAUCCUGUUUGGUCGUAAUUGUACAAGCCAAGCUGAUAAAGUACUGUAACCAAAGUAAAAAGCUGGGUAUAAGGCAAUUGGGAGUGCCCUGUUACCCCAAGCUAGUUGAAGGUGAGUCGUGUUCUUACACGUUACUAAAAGAGAAGUACCUGCUUGGUAAUGGGUCUCCUCCAUACAGUAUUGUGCAUGAUAUUAUACUGUUGCUAUACAUAGCUAUGAGAACCAACCUACUUUAGCCUGUGCUCCAUAAUUGGGUUCUGAAUGGUCGGAUUGAUGUGAUGCGAUAAUAUACAUUGUAAUGCAACUAUUCUGAUUGGUUCGCUUCACAGCUGAGGCGAGCCACCAUUUCAAACCCCAUAACAGGCGUUUUGGAGACUGCACAUUACAGAAUUAGCAAAAGGUAAGAUUUCACUUGCCGUAUAUUCUUUCCCUUUAAUGAGUGCCUCUGCGGUGCUCAUUAGGGGAGAAAAUGACCAGAAAACACAAGAGUUUGAUUAUUAUUUUUCUGGUCCGUUUCUUUGCUCUCUGCAGAUAUUGUAACAAACUGUUACUGCUGAGUUUCUCAGAUUCUUCCUCUAACCAGAAGUUCUGUCCUUGUAUGCCUAUUUAGGAUGUAUUCCUAGUUUGUUCCAAUCUGCCUCAGUGUUUUCUUGGGUAGAGAUUUCAGUUUUUCCUUCUUCAAUACAGAGUGCCAUUAUCUCCAUCAAAGUCUUCCAUGUCUUGGUUUUUAAAGGAUAGCCUCCCACAGAACUGUCAAGAGGCAUGCAGAGUUAUUAAGUUCACUAGUAAAAUGAGCUCUCUGCUUCCUGUCUGUGAAAUUUACAGAAAAGUGAUCUUGGCAAGACAGCUCUUCAGCUAUUUGUAUUUAGGGAUAUUGAAGCACUUCUGCAAAUCUAUCGCAACAGAAACUAUCAUUUUAUCUUGCUUGAUUGCUAAUUCCAGUUUUGUUUUGCUAGAGCCAGGUGACACAUUCCCAGAGAGACUUCUACUAGUUGUGGGAAGUGAUUAACAGACUUAAUUAACCUAAACUACUGGCUUGAUAACUUUUAAACGAGUUUUCUCCUGGCAAUUGCUCACACUUACUAAAAAAGCUGUGCGGUUUCCCCAUUUAUCGUGACACAAUAUUAAUAGUAAUUAAUCGCAGCUUAAUAUUUAUUUACACCUAGGUCUCAUGUAAAGCUCUUGUGCAUGGCAGUGAUCAGUUCCCCCUCUGUUUAGCUUUAGCUGCUCCCAGAUCAUUCACUGACCACUACAAAAAAUUAUGAAUUACAGUAUUUAGACUCUGGGCAGUUCAUGCACCAGUUAACUGAAAUAACCCUAUUGCAAUACCUUGUGAGGUAGGUUAGAUGGUGAAUGGCCCAGGGUUGCUACAGUGAGUUUAAUGACAUCUUUAAAUAUAUAUGUAUAUCUCCUGAGUCUCGUGCAAAAGCUUUAUCUUUUCUUAAAAAGCAAAACUGAGGCAGCAAUGCAAAACAAUAAACUUCUGGGUACCGAGAAGUUCUCUGUGAAACUCUGCAAACAAUUGGCUUGCAUAAACUUUCCAUUUGGAGGGAAAAAGUGAAAGGACAAUCUAACCAAAUUUACUGAACCAAUUGAGAUUAAUUGGGGAGUAACGGUAGCAGCAGCUACUGUAAUCCUUUUAAAUGUUCUUGCUGAUCUGAGCAUUACAUUCCAUCCAGACCAAUCGGAACCCUUCUAAUUGCCUGUGGCUUGGCCCAGAAGAAGCUUGCUACUAGAGUAAGCCCCUUGUCCUUUCUCUUUUUGUAGCUGAGCCGAGCUACUGUGCAUGACCCCCAGACUGGGAAACUGACCACAGCACAUUACAGAGUCUCUAAGAGGUAAGGGGACGCUGGUAUGUCGAUAAGUUGCUACAGAAAUUCUCUUUGCAGUGGCUUGUGUCAAACUUGGUGUGGGAUUCUUUACCUCCUUCCCCCUUCAACUAAUUGCUAACUAGAUGAAAAGGAUGGAGCCUUAAAAUAGAACACUAACCUCUGUGGCUCUGGAAGUUUGGAAGGCUUAAAGGGGAAAAUCCUCAAAUUUAAACUCUGUGGGUAAAGAACCAGUCAAAGUUAAACACUUCAGGAAUGUCCUUGUUUCUCCCACGCUCAAAUCAGUGAGUCUUAGGUUGCAAUCCCAUACAUGCUUACCUGGAAUAAAUCCUGUUUUAAGUCAGUGAGCUUACUUCUGGGUAGACAUGUAUUGGAUUGCUUUGUUAAACACUUCUGUAUAUGUGUCAAUGCAUGAACCUUACUUUCUUACCUGCAUGAUCCCACCAGAAUUAACACAACAUUGUUUUAUUUUAGAAAGAAUCCUUGUAAACGACAUGCUAUAUAGCAUCUGCUUGCUUUUACUUCUAUGUCAGGAUGCCUGUGUUAAUCUUAAGCACUUCCUAGGAGGCACAUGGUAAACAGGAAACACAUUCUAUGUUAAUGGUAGCUUGAGAUUCCUAGUUCGGAUUCUAUUUUUAAAUAGUUAGUGUACUAAAUAUAGUAGUUGUCUUUUCCCAUCCUUUUAAAUGUGUAUUAUUAAAAGUUACUGUUUAUGGCAAAAAAAAAAAAAUUCCUUACUGGCUUAAGGGGAUAUUUCAGUGAGGCACUUAUAAAUACUGUUAAUAGUUUGUAAAUCAUUCAAUUUCAUGGGUUUUUCUUCUUAUAAAAAAAGUAUGGCAUAAGCAGCCUCAAAAAUUAUUUGCUAUUAUAAUAUGCCUGUCCACAAAAAAUGCCCAGGGGAAAAAAAUCUAGCUUUUACAUCAAAUGUGUGUAAAUCAGGAUUUGUGCAAUAUGUCCAGUACUUCCUGAAAACAUAACAUGAGAUUUUCAAGAUGGGAACUAGCAUGCAAGAGCACGCUUGUGUCGCAAAUUUAGUGGAGAAAGUGGUCUUGAGCUGUUUAAUGGAUCAGUAGUUGACCCUCAUAUACACCUGUUGCAAAACAUGGGGAAUAAUUGUUCAGAGGAAAUGAAUGUCUCCUCUUAAGGUGCUAUCCAACACUUUUGUACAAGAGCCAAGCUGAUUUCUAAAGCAAAGGCCACUCGUUAAUAUUAAACACCUUCUUGAAGCUUGCAUCGUGUGUGUUGAUUCGAGGAAAGAGAAGCUGCCUUGACCUUCAGGGAUUUGUUACAUUAAAAGCCACAAUUCAGGAGCAGGCAAAAAUGUAGACUGCUUUCCUUUAGUAAUUAAUUGUUACACCUGCUGUUUCAUAUGUGUGGUUUUAGUAGUGAUAAAGUGUAGGAACUAAUGUGUGAGUUGUUAGGUAUAAUUUGUGCCUCUGUAACCUCCUUUUAGAGAGAGCUGUUCUUCUCCUGGUGGUUUAAAUCACAGUAGAACCUAUUGUGGACAUUCAAAAUAUUUACGUCAGCUGCAGUUAAUAUCUGCCAGUGGGCUGUGCAUUCUGACUAUCCAGUUUGAAUCUGUUUUUGCCUUGUGCAGUUCUGUGAAAAGUUUCACACACCAGGCAAUAUUAAGAAGACAGAUUUUUUUCAAUACCGAAAUCUGUAUUGCCGAAGGAGUAGGUUUUCGUUCCUGUCAAGGAUAUUAGUAUUUUUUUAUAAAAAAACAACAAACUAGUAAAGCCACAUUUACAGGGAACCCAAAAACUCUCUCGUGUAUUUUUAAUAGAAGUUUGCUUCCUCCUCCCAAACAUUCCAAGCACUCUUUCCUAGCUAACACAUUUCUAUAUUAACGGCAUGCCUCUGCUUAUGACAGGACUACUGUUUGUGCUGAAGUACGUGGCAGGCUGCAUGACGGUGGCAUUUUGCCAGCAGUGGAAAGCAGCAUUUAGAGCCAAGCCAUGUGUAUGUAGUACCGUAAUAUUUCGGCCAGUCUGACUUUCAGGAAACUGCUGGUCGUGAUGUAUGCCUGUGAAAUAGCCAAUUACUCUACGAUAUAGUUUCCUCUCUAGAAAGAAAGUGUGGGGGGGGGGGGACUUCUUUAAAGGAAUUUAUUUAGCCCAUGACAGUGGAGUCUCCACCAGACAAAUGCAUGCCUUUCGACAUUACUUUUUAAAGUUUUAGGAACAGUCCUUCCUAGUAGUGCCGUUUUUAAAAGCUUCAGUGGAAAGAUGCGGAAUCUUUUAAGGAAUCAAAGUAAAUGUUGAUGGAAGUGAAGGUACCUUUCUUGAGUAUUAGUUUAUUUCAAAAGGAGAGAACCUCAGAAAUAUUGUUAUGCCCAAUAAAUUUAACUUUUAACAACAUUCAACAUGGAAAAGCUUUUUUGAUGCUGUCGAGAGCAAUAAGAGCACAUUGCAGUGUUCAGAGAGCACAAUUUCCCUCACAAAUGAUACAGAGGCAUUGCAGGAUUAUUUUAGCUUCCACAUGACUGUGAGCUGAAAUGAAAAGUGUUGACAAGUGAUCUUCCUGGGAAAGGAAAUGGGAGGAUAUGCUUGUUCCUCUUGCAAGAUAACGUCUCUCUCUCUGCCCCCCACUCCAUUUCUGAUGGAUACGCAAUUGAUGGGUAUAUGUUGACUGAGUUGAAGUAGAAAAAAGGCAUUGAAACAAUUGAAAGUUGACAUUUUUACGAAUUAGGCUACAGGAGAAGGAGAAGGCUGAAACAUUACAUCAGGCACAGUAAUAGAGAAGCAGCAUUGGAACCCCUUCUGCAAGUCCGUUUGACUCCCAGAAUGGUUCAAAAACCAAAGCGCGGCUUCCGAUUGGCUGCAGGAGCUUCCUGUACUUAAUCGGAAGCUGCGUCGGAUGUUCAGCUUCCAAAAAAAGUUCGCAAACUGGAACACAUCCAGGUUUGCGGCGUUCGGGAGCUAAAAUGUACUGUGUUUAUUUAGCUUCAUCCUUACUGAAAGAAAACUCAGGGUGGUCUACAUUACAGCAGAAUAUAAGAAUUAGAACACAAUAUAAAAUUGCUGUUAAAAAGAAGGAGCUGAACAACCUUAUUCUGCCAAGCUUUCAUUCAGAAUCUAAAACGCAAUUUAGAGCUUGCCUCAUACCUAACAGCUCUCUAUUCUGGCUGGGCCUGACAGAAGCUGAGGCAACUGUCCCCAAUCGAAAACCACGGAAUAAUGUAUGCCCAUCAACCCUGCCUACCCGGAAGAGUUCCAGAGCAGCUUUGUAUAGUCGCUGGAACAAGUAACAGGAGAUGAGGUGUUCCAUAAGAAAUGCUGGGCUAGGCCACAGACGGCUUUGCAAGUAAAAACCAGCACCUUCAUUCAAUUGAGUCCUGGAACAACUUGCUGCCACUACAAUGGUGGCUUCAUAAUCGGGCAGAAGGGGAGAAGCAAGCUUAGUGGCUGCAAUGUGUGGAAGGAGGAAGAUGCAGGAAGUUACUGUGGGGGUGGUUUGUGUGCAACCGGGGGGGGGGGAGUGUUGGACAAAUGGAGGUAGGAAGAGACAUGGACAUAAGGGUGAAGGUGAAAACAGGUACAAAGCUGAGCUGCAGAGCAGAAAAGAGGAAUCGCUUCAGAAAGUAGCUGCAUGGGAUGAGAUGGGGAAGCCAGCGGGUUAAUGUAGGGGUAAUGAAAGAGGGGUUAUUAAGUGGUGCAAAUACUAGUUUUUCAUUGUAACUAACUUCGCUUGCUGUAAUACGAAUUUUCUUCUUUAGGAAAUAAGUCUCGCUAUGGGUAAUGCUUUAUGUGACAUGACCUUUUUUUUUGUUAUAAGAAAUACAUUCUCUGUCUAUAUUUCUUAUGCUUGCAAUUGCUCUGUAUCCUAACAGUCGUUCUGAUAGUUUCCCCCCUAAACCUCCUUGCCUACUAACUUCGGACAAACAUUCAGCUCUCCCUUCUCCGUACCUUUUGAGAUUCUGUAACCUGUGUGGUGUCAUAUUUUACCGCUCUUGAUUAGAGAUUUGCUGUGAUCCUUUUGAAAAGGAGGGUACUAAACAAACUCGAGUGGUAGUGAAAAUACAGUUUAAUCCUUUCAAACUGGUAUACAUACAUGAUGUGUUUCUGCAAGUGAUCUUUGACCAUCGAUGGUGCAUAAAAAUCACGUUUGCUAAUCGAACAACUAGCUUUUGAUUACUGUUUGGUUUUUAAGGUGUACAAACUGUGAAACUAGGGUCUUUAAUGUUGUCCAAGCUUCUAGAAUAUGUGGGGAGUAGACACCUUAACAGAAAAUUCAGGUUUGAAUAGAAAGAGGCAGAAACUGAGUGGGCCUGUAUGUGUCUGGUAGGGCAAAGAAUUUUGGCAGGGAGAGAGCCAAACACUUAACAGCUUCUCCAGUUUCAGAUAAGAUUGUGCUAUUCCUCUGCCCCCAGCCCUCAGCCCACAUUUAAAUGAACGCUUCUUCUGGACACUACUUUUUACUUGGGAGUAGUCCAUGUACUUUACUGCUUCAAACAGUCCACCCCAUCAUUACAGUCCCUGGUAGGAAUGGAAAUAAGUUCUUGUGACUAAUCUAGUCUUGAAUCCAACUCUCAUCCAUGAAAGCUUAUUCCACAAUAAAAUGUGUUUGCCUGUAAAGGUGCCACAAGACUCAUUGUUGGUUUUUUGUUGGAAAAACAUGGCUAGCCCUCUGGAAACUAGUCUCGUACAGUGAAUUGUAACCUUGUAAAAUGGUCACAAUCAUAAGCAUCACUUAUCGGCUAUCCUGCUGCUAGCUCAGUAAAACGGUUUUCAGGAUAAUUAGUAAUAUAUAUAGGAGAGCCCACAUCCCAUGUGGAGCAAGGGGGGCAGGUGGAAUUUUUGCUACACUUGGGGGUGAGAGUGGGAAGUAAUCUUCUUAAGCCACCAGUUGCUUAUUAAAAUACAGUUAGACAAUACAGGGUUUAGUCCAUUCAUCCUUAGCUGUUUGUUGGACAGUUUCUAGGGCAAUUGUUUCUGCCAGCUUGUUAGUGGAGAGGUGGGAAUUUUGAGUGCAGUUCUGGCAUGGAGAGGCUUCCUGUUUUUCACAUAUAUCAGCAUCAACAGCUGAAUCGGUGUAGGUAGGGUUCAAGUAUACACCAUGAUGUGGAUGCAUAUAUAAGAAAGCAAGAUAGAGCUUUUUUCACAGUCAGGCUCACUGGUUGGACAGGAGAGAGUGGGUGGUAUUUAAGUUUAACUAAGAGGAGACCCAUUGAUAUCAGUGGACCUAACUUAUUAGCUAAUGGACCUGUAUUAAUUUCAGUGGGUUUAUUAUGCGAGUUAAUUUCCACGGGUUUAUUAUGUGAACUGCAAUGUGCACCACUGUAGCAUUUCCUUCACAAUCGUGGUGAGUCAAAGAGGGUCUGGCAUACAUUGCAAUAUUGUGUAUAUCAUGCUCUCCCAAGUGUUCUUUUGGGUCACAACUUACUUACUUGAUGGUGGCCAGCCAAAGGGGAUUGCUUUGAAGAAAUACAGCAGAGCUGCAAUAUAUGCCAAUAGGGCUAAAGUUGUUCAUUAAGUGGAGCUACUGAGAUGUCGGCUAUCACAUUUAGUGUCGGCAUUUGCCUGUAGGCAUUUUUGCACAGUUAAAAAGUUGUUUCUUACUGGUCUUGAAAAGUGAUGCUCUGAUCAUACUGGUCAGGAAUAAUAUCUGUUUCCAUGUUUAGUGCCUGGCUGUCUGGAUAUGAAAACCCUGUAGUAGCACGUAUUAAUGCAAGAAUACAAGAUCUUACAGGACUAGAUGUUUCCACAGCAGAGGAGCUCCAGGUGAGCCGAGGAGAUAUUGAAAAACCCAAAUGCCACCCCCAAACCCCACGCUACCCUGAGUAUUAAGAAUCUUGCUGGCAUCAACUCAUCUCGUACUGGUUUAAAUAAAAUAUUUGAAUAUGUUGUUUGUGUUACCCUCCCCAUUUCUUAAAAAAAGGAGAAGACUUCAAGAGCGUUGGUUCAAAUUUUCUUCUUCACAUUUGAUUUUUGCUUGUUUUGCUGUUGUCUGCUGUGUUAGCAGAUUAUAAAGUGGCAAACAUGUAACUGAACCCCAAAAGUCCACUUUCAGAGAAGCAAAUUUAGAGGAGAAAAGCAAUUCUGUCUGCAUGUUUGCUUAGCCCUGGCUCCGUUUCGGAAGGGUGGGAGGGGGCAGUGUGGCUCAUGCAGCUCUGUUUCACUCUAAAGUCAUGGCUUUUCAUUGAAAAAAAAAAUUUGAGCUCUGUUACCUGUGUUUGUGUGUGGAAUGCAGUUAGCCACAAUAUUUAAGUGUAUGGUGGAAAAUUUAAAAAUGCAAACUCCAGUUCAGAAUUUCCUUGGGUGAGUUCAGUUGAGCAAAACAGGGAAAAGAUUUUUUUAAAGGAAAAGAAAAAUGUUAUAUUAGGGUGGGAGCUACAUUGUUGACAUACAUUGUUUUAAUACUUUGAAAAUCAUUUUUUAAUGGAAAAUGAAGUUGGUGAAUCUUCAGUAAAGGCAAAUGAAAGGGAAACCUCAGGCCGUUGCUUAAUUUAGUUCCUUAUUUGGGAGAGUAGACUCAAGUUGGUGGCACUACUAAAGAGGGCAUAGUUCAGCCUUUAUUGGUUUGUUAAUUAUUUGUACAGUGGAACCUCGGCUCCCGAAUGCCUUGGGAGCCAGAACGUUCAGGCUCCCAAACGAUCAAAAACUGGAAGUGAUUGUUCCGGUUUUUGAACGUUGUUUGGAAGCCAAACGUUUGACAUGGCUUCUCAAUGGCUGCAGGAAGCUCCUGCAGCCAAUCAGAAGCUGUGCCUUGGUUCCCGAACCAUCAAACGGACUCCUGGAACAAAUUAAGUUUGGGAACCAAGGUUCCACUGUACUUACAACCUGUCCAUCACCAGAUGGCAGGGUGGCAGUGAGGUUGGGACCAUGUGAUUGCAGUGGGUGGGACCUGCCAGUCAGGUGUUCCUGAUGGUACACCUUCAUAGCGCCAGCCUUGCCACUGCCUUGCAGAAUCGGUGCCAGUGCUGGGAGGGAAGCUGUGCCCCACCACACACAUUGCUCCUGGGCCUGAUUUUAUGACACUCCUUGUUAGCAAAGCAUUAGCGUACAUAUGAAGCAGAUACUUCAUCUCUCACCCUGGGUAGUUCAUUGGUUGUUUGUUCUUCUUCUGCUCUAGGUCGCCAACUACGGCGUAGGAGGCCAGUACGAGCCUCAUUUUGAUUUUGGAAGGGUAAGUCUUUUUCUGUCCUGCCUUUGUGCUUUACAUGCACUGUGUUUCUUUCUUCCAGGUAGCAAAUUAUGGAGUGGGAGGACAAUAUGAGCCCCACUAUGACUUUGCUCGGGCAAGUAAAGAGAUGGGUGAAAAAUGAAAUAGUCUGAAGCCUAGGCCUUUCGGCCUGUGGCACAAAUGUUUAAUUGAGUGUUUGUGUUACAUUCAAGUCUUCUAAUCCGUGUGAAAUGAUUAAAGUCCUCUAAACCACCAUUUGAACAACAGAGAAUAACAAAUAUUACCAAAAUGUUAAAGUGAAAUGUUGUUAAGUGAAUGAAAGGAUUAAAGGGGGAAACUGCAGGAAAUGGUGGCUGGUACAUUUAAGGUGAUGGUAUUAAAAAACCCCCAGAGCUCUUAUGUCAUAGUGAUAUAUCUGCAACCAACCAUAGGGUGAAGGGCUUUUUAAAAAAAAUCCAAAUGGGUUUAGGCAGGCUUGGAUAUUUAUGGGUUUCAGAUCACUGAAACUGUUAACAGGUUUAUACACCUGUUUUAAGUUGUUGCACAAAUUAGAGGAACCAAGUGAUCUUGAUGGGAUAACAUCUCUGUUUCUCUUAAUGUUAGCUUAUAUUUACUUCUGGGUGGGCUGCCAGAUUUUUAUUUUUUUUAAUACUAUCUUUUAUUUUAUAUUGGGACAAGGCUGCAAGAAAUAGGACAAAUGAUCUCAAAUGGUGGUUUACAGGGCAUUUAUGUGUUAAAUAACACCGUCAAUUAACAUUUUUGUUUGAGCCCACCAUACAUUUAUUAAAAUUAUUGCCUUAACAUAAAUCUUGAUUUCCCUCCCCCCUUAAAAAAUUAUAUACAGUAAGUCUAUAUUGGCUUAUAUGAUGCAUGUUGUUAAUCGUUUUUUCCUCCCAUGCAUGCGUUUAGAAAAAAACCUGCUUUUGAAAGAAUAUCUUUGCUGUGCAAUCCUGUUCAGUAAAUCUCACUUUACUAAAUGGAGCUUCCUCCCAGAUACAUAUGUCUAAUAAUGCACCCUUCCAGCAUAAUUGCAGAAGUAAAACCCAUUGACUUAAAGUAAGUGUGUAUAAGAGUGCCGCCUUAAUAUACUAAAAUAGCAUCCAAUAAUAUAAUGUGUGGGAAACACUGGAUUCUUCCCAAGCAUGUACAUGUGAAAGCAAUUAGGGUUGAGCAGUGGGAAAAAAAAUCCCUUCUAAUUCUAGGGGUGAAAAGCACAUUGUUUGCUUUGACAUAAAUCAUUUAAAUUGCCAAGUAUAUUUUAAACUUCUGGUUGCCUUGAGCUGCAGUUGGUGGUCAGCAUACAAUUUCUUGUUGCCUGGUUGUUCUAUGUGAUUUUUAGACCAAUUCCUCUAAUCUGCAGAUGUAGGAGAGAGCAAUGGAAACUUGUUCAGCCUAAAAAGAUUAUGUACCUUCAAAAGUCAUGUUACUUUUCUAGAUUGUGAUGGCUAUCUUCAUGGGAUUUCUGAGAGGUCCCCAAAGAUCAUGUUCCCCAGAACUUCACGUAUUUAUUUUUAAAAAGCAUACUUACUCUGUAUAUGCGUGCAACUGCAGGUGGAAGACAUCUUACACCAGGCAUAGGCAACCUUCGGCCCUCCAGAUGUUUUGGACUACAAUUCCCAUCAUCCCUGACCACUGGUCCUGUUAGCUAGGGAUCAUGGGAGUUGUAGGCCAAAACAUCUGGAGGGCCAAAGGUUGCCCAUGCCUGUCUUACAGUAUUUACUAUAUUGCCCACUAUACAUUGGACCCAGGAGGCAAUUUCUCACCUUACAGGAAAGAUGUCUCUUCCCAGCAGAGAAGGUUCUUAGCAAUGUAAACACUUCAGUGACUCAUAAAGUCACCCUUUUUCCUUUAGCAGCCAAAAAGAUCAGAAAGAAGACCCUGGACAGGCAGUGAACUGUAAGGGAGACGCAGAGAUCUAAAUAGAGACCAUUAUUUGUGGCACGAUAUGCCUUUUGCUUGUAUUUAUUUUUGAUUCAGAUUUGUCAUGGCCAAUGGCUACCACAUUAAAGUUAUUUGGAUUGUAUUGGAUUUACACUGCUUUUCAUCCAAAAAGGCUCCCAGAGCAGCUUACAGAUCAAUUUUUUUAAAAAGAUAGCCCUUGCCCUCAGGCUUACAACCAAAAAGUCAUGACACACAACGAAAAACGAAUGGGGAGGGAGGAGGAAACAUGUAAGCUUAGGCAUCCGUCCUUAAAGUUACAGUUCUUAUAUUGAUCAGCUAGGAUCAGAACUGUUCAGAUAGCCUGAUAGAAGGGCUGCUUUCUAGGUGACAGUUGAGGGAGAGCAGCUGAACUCAUAGCAGAACGAAUGGAAUAGCUCUGCUUCCCUUCUCUCCCUUUGCUCUGCAGCCUAAUGAAAUUACACAACUGUCAGUGAUAUCUUAAGCAUCAGCAAUACAUCAACAAUAACUUACAGUGUCCAAAUCUCAUUCCUGUUGGCUCAUUCCAUUCUCUCUCUCUGUUAUCCAUCACUGGAAGGAGUUCUCAGUCUCAGCAUCAGAGAGAUGCCAUGUUGGGAUAACCUAGUAAGUAAAGUCUAGCCAGGUCCCAGAACACCAGAAGCAUACCUUAUGCUUUAAGAACUUUGUAUGCUGAUAGUGUAAAACUCAAAUGCUGAAAUGACAGCUUAUUUGAACCUUUAACUUCUGGGUGAAAUGCUUGAUAAUUUUUCAGGUAACUACUACUAAUUUUCCCUUACUUACUUUGUGCAUUCUAAAAAUUAAUAUUUGUAAAUGUCUACCCUAGCGCUAACAUUGUGUGCCAUUGUUGGGUUUCGCUUGUACACUAAGACCUUGUACUGCAUGUUUUUCUACACAGAAAGAUGAGCCGGAUGCCUUUAAAGAAUUGGGUACAGGCAACAGAAUCGCAACAUGGUUAUUCUAUGUAAGUAAGAUACUUUGGAGGCAAGAUUCAACCAUGUCACCAAAAGAGCUUAUCUCACGCAGUGAAAAUUAUGAGGAAAUGUGUGGUUCUUUUCAUAAUUCUCCUGUUUGUGUUAUGGCAGCAUAGCAAGUAGCCUUGCAUCAACACUCACUGUUUCCCAUGUUGAUGCUGCUUCCUAGGAGGUGGGGAAGGAGGGAGGAGAGUGACAGUGAGGUCAGCAUGGUGCAUUUUCCCUGCACCAACCUCACCUUUAUCUCCCAGUAUGCAGCAGUAAUGUGGGGGCCAUGGGAGGUCAGGCGAGUAUCACUGGAUUGCCUGCUGCUAGGGACCAUAGUGCUUCAAUUGUUUUGUUUUUAAAAUAGAAAACUACACUGUACCACAUCUUGAGAAUUGAAAGAAAGGGUCACAAACCUAAAUGAAUGAAUGUCUGUGUCUAGCUAGGUAUCUUUGUCACAAAUAUCCUCUGUCUCUCAAGGCUUUUAAUGCAAUCUGUACCUGCCCAGGUAUCAUUCCAGCAUCCGCAGCGUAUUCCCAUAGAUGAUGGGGUUUCCUUUCAUGUACAGGUUGGUGAUUCCUGUACUAGAAUGUAGUGCUGUGUGCUUCUAGUGGAGUACUUUAGAUAUCCAUGUGGUACAGGCAUACCCCUUUAAAAAAAAUUCAAUCUGCCUUAUUGUUCAAAACGUCAAUGGCGAAAAAUAUCCCUACAAUGUGCUGCAGUGCCCUUGAGAUCAGAUCAGUAGUGAAAUCUGUGGGAUUACUUUUUGGAGUGGCUAGCUUAAUGGCUCACACCAUUUCUUUUGUCAGAUGAGUGAUGUGGCAGCAGGAGGAGCGACAGUAUUUCCUGAAGUAGGAGCUAGCGUUUGGCCUAGAAAGGUAGGUGAAAUACCUGUAUAUCAUAGCCGACAGUCUCCAUACUAUUCCUUCCACUUAAAAGCCAUCUAUGCUGCAUCAUAUAAUGAAGCUGUGUGAAAUGUUCUGAAUGAGAAGAUUGGUACUUACGCAUAUCCUGGCUUAGACAUAAAGUAUGCAUUAGGCUCCCAGUACGUUUCCGAGCACAAUUCAAAGUGUUGGUGCUGACCUUUAAAGCCCUAAACGGCCUCGGUCCAGUAUAUCUGAAGGAGCAUCUCCACCCCCAUCGUUCAGCCCGGACACUGAGGUCCAGCACCGAGGGCCUUCUGGUGUUUCCCUCACUGCGAGAAACCAAGUUACAGGGAACCAGGUGGAGGGCCUUCUCAGUAGUGGCACCUGCCCUGUGGAACUCCCUCCCACCAGAUGUCAAAGAGAAGAACAACUACCAGAUUUUUAGAAGACAUCUUAAGGCAGCCCUGUUUAGGGAAGCUUUUAAUGUUUGAUGCAUUACUGUAUUUUAAUAUUUUGUUGGAAGCCGCCCAGAGUGGCUGGGGAAGCCCAGCCAGAUGGGCGGGGUAUAAAUAAUAAAUUAUUAUUAUUAUUAUUAUUAUUAUUAUUAUUAUUAAAUUAUAUGAUGCAAACUGAUUUUUUUUUUAUGCGAAACACCCUGUGCAGAUUAAUUCAAAAUUUUACGGAAAACUCGCAUCGCUGCCAGGGGCUCAAUAGGUGAUGUGUGAGCAUAGCGCUGAGGAGCACUUAGAAAUCACAGGGGGGAGUAAUGAUCAGUACAUUUCCCACACUUUUGCUGUUGCCUGUGGUUCUGCCUGUUUUUAGCCUGCCUUAGCUUUUCAUUUUCCAGAAGUUAAACUGAAGGCAGUUUAAUGAGUCAACUCCGCUUUAUAUCUUCCCAGGGGACAGCUGUAUUUUGGUACAAUCUUUUUCCAAGCGGUGAAGGGGACUACAGCACAAGGCAUGCUGCCUGUCCAGUAUUAGUCGGAAACAAAUGGGGUAAGUAUGAAACCAGAGAAUUUACGCAGACAUCAUAGCUGCCACAUUUUGAACCAUUUGCACAUAGCCGAAAGAUAAGAACAACAAAAAUAUCAUUCUUAAAUGAAAUGUGAGAGCGAUGGGUAGGGAGAUGAAACCUAAGCAAGUCCAGUUUGCCGGCUACUGUAUAAUUCAUUGUAGGUAGGUGGGGUUUUCCACUGCAAGUUCAGUAUUGAUCUUUUCAGAUCAAUAUUGCCAGGUAUUAAAUCACCUCACAGGGUUGUUAGUAAUGGUAAACAAUAAAUAAAUCUCAUUGUUCAACAAUAAAUAGGAAGUAAUUUGUCAUACGAUGUUUUUAGUUAGACUUUGGGAAGUUGCCAUUCUGAACCCAGAGCAGUCUUUUACAAACUAGUAUGUAUUCACUGAGUUUAGCCAGGUGUGAGUAACCGUAUGUAAAUGUGCCUCUUCUCUCUUCCUUUUCCUGUAGUAUCCAAUAAGUGGAUCCAUGAACGUGGGCAAGAAUUUCGAAGACCGUGUAGUUUAUCAGAGUCGGACUGAUCCAAACCUCUCCCUUUUCUCUUCCUUUUUGUGCAACUUCCUCCCACGUUUUCCUUGAUUAACACUGAUAGUUUUACACUAACACUCCCCUACAACUUUUGUCUCCAGUGCCAACCAGUUCUUCAUCUCUGGACCUUCUUUUACAUAAGGACAAAUGUCUUUGCUAAUAUACCGUUUUAAAUUUUUUAUAGAGAGAGUGUAAUUGAUUUUGAAUGUUUUGAGUUUCCAUGGCCAAAAUAACUUCUGCCAGAGACACUAUAAACUACAUUCUGCUGAGGGUAGAAUGGAUAUGGACAGUCUGUCCUCAGACAAUGACUUUGUUUGCUUGGAGGGUAAGAUGCUAUACAUGUCUUCCACUUCUGUUCCUUGUUUUUAAGAAUGCCUGACCAUGGCUAUAGAACUGUAGACAAGGGCUGUGAGCUGCAUCCCAUUGACAUCUGUAGCAAAACUCCCCCACCGAAUGCAAAAGAUCAAGGGCUGUGUCCAUGAGCCUUAACUUUCUGGGUGACUUUUCCAGCGUUGUGAAAGUUCAAACACAGAAAGUCUUCCUUUUUUAUAUUUAAAAAAAUGCCUCUUGGAUGAACCUGGCCGGUGAUCCUAAAAAAAGUGAGCCAGCAGUUAUGCACAUAACUAUAUAGUUGCUCAAGCAGUUCUGUUCUUUUUGCAACUUUCCAAGAACAGUUUUGUGGGAGGGACAGGACUUGCUUUCCAAGUAUGAAUCUUCUUCUGAACCAUAUCACAAUUCAGCUUCUUCCUUUUAAAAAUCGAUUGCUGCUUUUAUCAUUUUGUAACUAGCGAAAAAACACUAUGGAUCCGUAGAGACAAGAACAUUGUGGGCUUAAAACACAGCAUUGUGCCUUAGUCUCGGAUUUUGAUUUGUAUAAAAACAAUUUGUAUGAUGAGAAGACGCACACUUCCAUUCCCAAAAUGCCAAACUUUUCCCCCAGCCGAGGUGUUUUGUGACAAAGAUGAUAUAUUUAUAAUACUAAAUCUUUUUGAAAGCUUUCUGUUUCGUG